AUGGUGGAGCUCAACACCUCCCUUUUGGUGGACUAUUGCCAAGAUGGAACACACAAGUACAUCCUAAUCGACAUCGGCAAGACCUUCAGAGAGCAAGUUCUCUGGUGGUUUGUCCACCACAAAGUUCCUUACGUUGACUCAAUCAUUCUGACUCAUGAGCAUGCAGAUGACGUAUUAGGCCUUGACGAAGUCUGGGUGGUACAACCAAGAAAUGGCAGGAACGAUGUCGAGCAAAUUCCUAUCUUCCUCACGCAAUUCACGAUGGACAGUAUCGCCAGAAGAUUCCCCUACUUGGUGGAGCAGAAGCCAGAGGAUGGCAAUGAAGAUGCCCAAGCCGCGAAAAUUGACUCGAAGAUAAUUGAGGAGGAUGUGGACAAACCAUUUGUAGCGUCAGGGCUAGAGUUUGUUAUGUUGCCGGUAAUGCACGGAGGAGGGUAUAUUUGUUUAGGCUUCUUAUUUGGGAGGAGAGCCAGAGUUGCGUAUUUAUCUGAUGUCUCAAGAUUUUUACCUAAAACUGAGCAUGCCGCAUCGGAGCACGAGAAGGUGAGUGGUGGCGCCCUUGUCGACGGACUGGAGGAGAUCCUCACCGACGGUCACCGGCGUCGAGGUGGGAAGGUGAGGCCGCCGCCGCCGGUGGCCCCUCGCUCAGAGGGGCCCGUCCGAGAAGAUGCACGAGGCGACGGGAGGGCGGCCGCGGCAUGA